AAUUGCCUGUUGCAAAAUAAGACAGGUAAAAAAAAAAGUUCAGGUGUGUCAAAGCAGGAAGGAUUUUGCUGUUGAUGUUUAUUCAGUUUUUGUUUAUGUGGUUAUGUGAACUUUCUGGAAAAGAAAAUUUUGAUUUUCAUUAUGGAUAAAUGAGCAACUGUGGGAUAUAUGAAAAAUUUCACACAGGAUUUAUUUAUUCAGUUAGUGACCCAUUUAUCUGAGCUGUCAUGUGAAUAUUGAUAAGAAAGUGACAAACUGAAGAAAAGCAUUGCACAACCAGCAAUAACCACUUAAACAAUGCCAUCCAAGAGAGAUCGCCAGCGAGUGUUGGCCGACAUCUGGGCCACCCCUACCCCCUUUGACAUUGACUUUUUUGACAAAGGGGAUGAGAUAGUAGUGACCAGCGCCAGAAAGGAGAACAUAGUGGGGUGGUGGCUGGACAUCUUCACCGCCCUGUACCCCGAACAGACCUACAGGGAGAAAAACGAAAUGGUCAAGAUCAAGCCGGCCCCUGGAGUGACCAUCAAAAUGUCCCGCAAGACCGGGCUGAUGAAGAUCAGCGGAAAGAACCACUGGCCGUGGAUGGUGAAUAAUUUUACAGAGGUUCUGGAGAUGGCAAACAAUGAGAGCCAAGAGCUGGAUGACGGGGCCUCCAUGAUGUCAGAUAACUCUGUCACGAGAUAUCUACAGCUCGAUAAAAAUGUAGAAAUGGUUCAGGACUUGCUGGAUAUGAUCCCGGAGGGGGGAGGUAUCAUGCAGCACGACUUCAUCAUGAAGCUGUGGAAGAGUCUCAUUGAUGACUGGUUCGGUUGUGGAGCCGUGGUGUAUAUAGUGACCCCUCGUGUCGAUGAGGAGCGCUUAUUUCAAAUCUUCCUACUGAUGAUUCGUAACAAAGGGACAGCAUUUGGUGCAACACUGGUUAUUCCAGAAAAGGGGCCAGGCGGAGAAAAAUUCAAAAAGACUCUGGAAACCACAACACGAAUGAUGAAGAAAACCCGAACACCGCGUGCUCAGAAACGCUUAGUGUCAGACGUAAAAAUGCAGUGGGCCUUGGAAAACUUGAGAGUGCAUCAUGAGAAUUUCUCCACAAACUUUAUCGCCGCGUACAAAGACGAUGAAGCAGAGGUUCUAACAACCACUGCGCAUUUCCACAAGUCUCACUUUCACACCAAUCAAAAGGACAAUGUGUGUUACAACAAACUCCCCACGGAGGACCUUAAAAGGAACUACCUCCUACCUCUGGGUGUAACAUUGAACUAUUAAGUCUCACAAGUCACAAACUCUCGAGUCAUUUAUAUUUUCUCAGUGGAAUCUUUCAUCUGUAAUGCAAUUCAUUUUCAUCACGAUUUCCUCAACUCCACCUUGAUAUAAGUGUUCAAGUGCAAUCAUACAGACUUAUUUCACUAUAAAGACACUUUAUUCAUCCCCUAUGUAUGACAAUGCUUCUUUAUACAUAUUUUUAAAAAUACUUUCUAUAGAAAUACAGGGUGUUUUACAAACCUAUUCACUGAACUUGCCAUCAACCAGUUCAUUCAUUACUCUAGAUAACAUUAUGUACAUGAAGUUGCAUCCGCAUUACCAAAUAUAGCUGUACAUUAUCUGGAUCGUUCAUUAUCCGGAUCAUUCAUUAUCCGGAUCAUUCAUUAUCCGGAUUGUACAUUAAACUCCCUGUAAGUUGAAACCUCUUGAGUCCAGGAGUCGUAUACAUAAUACUAUGUGCCAUCAUUCUUCUUUACAAUGUACAUUGUACUUGCUCAUAAUCUUAUUUUUAUUUUCUUUUAUGAAACUGUUUAGUUCUUGAAAAGAAAUAUAUAUAUAUCUUUUAAAAUUAGAAUAAAUUGUAGUUUGAAUGUU